ACAGAGCGUUUCUCCAUCGCGGUGUCACGCAUGCUAAGCUAGCUUGAAGCCAAGCCAUAUCCAUGAAGCCAUGAAGGACACAAAGAAGCCCACGCGGGCGUCGUCUCGCUUAGGCGGGAGGGUCGUCGGCGUGGCAUCCAUGCUUCUCUUCGUCUCGUUGGGGUUCGUUCUCGGCGUGACCUCCUCCAACGCCAUGUUCAUCCGAUACUACCUCCCUUUCAUGCCACCGUUACGCUCUAGUGCUGCGCCGUCGUCUUCGCCUCCGCCGCUGACGACACCACUGACACCGUCGCAAACGCCGCCGCCGCCACCGCCGCUGCCGCAAAACCCGCAGCUGCGGUCGGCGGGCUUCCUUUCCCCGAGCGGCGUCAUGCACAACAUGACCGACGAGGAGCUGUACUGGCGAGCGUCCAUGGCGCCGAUGGUCCGCCGCACGCCAGACAGCCGCGUGCCCAAGGUGGCUUUCUUGUUCCUGGUCAGGGGGGAGCUGCCGCUCCGGCCCCUGUGGGAGAAGUUCUUCGCGGGCCACGAAGGCCGGUACUCCAUUUACGUGCACGCCCACCCGUCCUACACCGGCUCGCCGCCGACGGACUCCCCGUUCUACGGCCGCUACAUCCCGAGCCAGAUAACGAAAUGGGGCGACGCGAGCCUGGUGGAGGCGGAGCGGCGGCUCCUGGCAAACGCGCUCCUGGACCUGGGCAACGAGCGGUUCGCGCUCUUCUCCGAGGCGUGCAUCCCGGUGUACGACUUCCCCACCGUGCACGCCUUCCUGACCGGCUCCGACACCAGCUUCGUGGACUGCUACGAGAACGGCGGCAGCCGGUCGCGCUACCGGCCCUUCUUCGCCACCCGCAACAUCACGCUGGCGCGGUGGCGCAAGGGCGCGCAGUGGUUCGAGAUGGACCGCGCGCUGGCGCUGGAGUCCGUCGCGGACGGCUCCUGCUUCCCGGCGUUCCGCGACUUUUGCGUGGGGCGGAGGGAGUGCCUCAUCGACGAGCACUACCUGCCGACGCUGGUGAGCCUGCUGGGGUGGGGCCGCCGCAACGCCAACCGCACGCUCACGUACGCGGACUGGAAGCGGCCCGUCAACCGGCACCCGCACACCCACGGCCCGGACGAGGUGACGGAGGAGCGGAUCAGGGAGAUCAGGGAGGAAGGCGGCAGGCGGUGCUUCUACAACGGCGCCAGGAGAGGCAUCUGCAACCUGUUCGCGCGCAAGUUCUCGCCGGACACGCUCGAGCCGCUGCUCCGGCUGGCGCCCAAGGUCAUGGGGUUCGGGUGACCUGACCAGACGAUCGACCGACCGGAGCAGGAGGCAGUGUACCAUAGCAUUCUACUAUUCUUUGCGCCGUGGAUGAUCGACCCAGGUUGAGCUGGGAAUCACAGGCAGAGAGUCGACUCGAGUCCACCAUCAGGCUAUCAGGACUCAGGAGGAGAAUAAGCUCUUUCUUUUGCGAACCAUAUACACAGUGUAUCAUGAACAUCCCGUUUGUCAA